GUUGCUUUUUCGACAUAUGGUACGUCUAUCAAAUUAAGGAUGUAUUGAUGAUUCGUUUGACAAGUGAUUGCUGCAAGUUUGAUCAAUAAAAUUCAUUGAACAGUAACUUAUUGAAACGUCAUGACGUGGAUCCUGAUUUGUUAGUCUCAUCAUCAACUUGAACGGUAAAACUGUAGAUGAAAUGGAAAAAACCAUGGAAUCUGAUAUAGAAAAACUGCGGCAAAAACGGGCAUACAACGUUUUUUGUGAUCGAGUACCUCCACAAAAUCGCAUAGCUUAACCGAGUUAUAGUGACAGCCGUGGUGGGAAAACCAUUUCGUUUAUUAUUUUCUUUAUUAAUAUUGGAAAGACCUCUAACUCAGGCUAUUCAGCGUAAUUACUGUCGGUAUCAAAUGGAUCUGGCCUCUUGUUGUCCCCUCAUGCGAGGAUGGCAAGCUAGAGUAUGGGUUAUAAAAAAGAGGUUUGAAGGGGUUCCCAAAUUAAGUGAUUUUGAAAUUAAAACAGAAACGAUGGCAUCGGAACUUAAAGAAGGAGAAUUUCUGGCUGAAGCUCUCUACUUCAGUGUAGAUCCAUCCAUGAAAGCCACUGCCGAUAAGUUAAAAGUUGGUUCUGUGAUGCCGGGUCUACAAGUAGCUAAAGUGCAUGAGAGUAAAAACAAGGACUUCCCAGUUGGAGUCUACAUUCACGGUUAUUUUGGAUGGAGAGAGUGGACAAUCAAUAAUGGAAAGACAAAAGACAACCAAGCUCUGACAUACGUCCUUCCAAGCUUCCUUAACUCCGAAAAUCGCAGAGAUGAUACAGAAUCGUUAAAUGUUAACCAUUUAUGUGUCUCUCAUGGGCUGGGAAUGUUAGGAAUUAGCGGGGUUGCUGCGUACGUUGGUAUGUUGGAGGUAUUGAAGCCUAAACCAAAUGACGUGGUGGUAGUGUCAUCAGCAGCGGGAGCUGUAGGACACAUUGCGGUACAAAUAGCGAAAAAAGUAGUGGGAUGCAAAGUUAUCGGAAUCACCUCAGGAAAAAAGAAAGGAAGCUGGUGUCAGCAUUAUUUAGGCAUGGAUUAUCACAUCAACUACAUGACACAAGAUGUGAAGAGCGAAUUGAGUGUUGUCGCUCCUGAAGGAGUCGACUGUUAUUUUGAUAAUGUUGGUGGAGACAUAUCCAAUGCAGUUAUUGCAAAUAUGAACCAAUACGGAAAAGUAGCAAUGUGCGGCUUAACCUCCGAGUACUGCGGCGGCAAACGAGCUACAAUCAACCAAUGGCAAAUAUUGAAGGAGCAACUGCUUGUAGAAGGCUUCUGCGUCUCAGGAUUACGAUGGAAGCACAAAUGGAUGAAACCUAUUGAAGAUUUGCACAAAUGGUGGGCAAAAGGAAAAUUGUGGACCUCAGAGAGUGUUCUAUUAGGUUUCAGCCGUUGCCCAGAAGCCUUCAUUAAACUAUUUGAGCAAGGUAACAUUGCAAAAACAGUUGUCUGCAGGUAAUAAACAAAUGCAGCGAUGAUUCAGUAAAAAAUGGGUAGUCAGAGUGAGCCUUUAAUGUGAUAUCAGUCGACAGCUCCUUGUUUUAUAACACAUCAAAAUAAGUUGGAAAAUUCAUAAUUACGUGGCAACACAGGCAUACAUCUUUUUUAAUGGGACGUCAUGUAUAUUUUAGUUUUUAAGUAUAUUCUGAGUGGCCCUUUCAGGGGUAGAAGAUCGAUAUCAUACUAUUGGAUCGCUACUUCUGGAGCUACAUGAUAUUUGGACCGAGAAAGCCAACUGUUACCGAUAUCGUAGCAAUCCUUUUCGUUCAAGUGAUCUUCAUAUAGUAUAGUUUCUCGCCAUUUAGAGGUUUUUCAAGUUUGUUGCACCGUCUGUAAAAAAAUAAACAUGAAACACCCCGCUUAUUUUUUUAUGGUUAUGGGUUAUCCUUUUAAUAUUUUUUAUUUUGUUAUAAACUUCUGGGGAAGGGGGAUGAAGUUAAAUAAUUAAAUUCUUGAGUUGUUUACGGUUUUUAAAGUUACAACCCAAAAAAAUAUUAGCGCUGAGAUCAGUUUUAGUGGAUUAGGAAGCAAUAUUAGCUAAGGCUUCUACUUAUUCACCAAAAUUAUUUAUUGGUAUGUACUAUUAUGAGCUGUAACUGUAAUAAAAUAUUGAAGAUCAGUGUUUUUUUUUUGAUAAAGUAUCCCGUAGCUCCAGAAGUAGUGAUCUAAAGUCUACGUAAAUUUUUUUCCUCUAAAGAGGCCUUUCAGAAUAUGUUAAACAGUAUUCCAUUAAAAAAAAUGCAAGCUUGUGUUGUGCGGCAUAUUUUUCAAGUAAGGGGUGUUUUUUUGCCUCUACUUUUUUUGAAUAGCUCUUCUAGACAUCUUUUAUAUACACGAAGCUGUCAACCUAUUACACUAAAAACUCACCCUGUAUGAAGCAACAUCGUCGAUUUGGUAUGGUGGCUGUUCGAAUACAAUCUUGAAGAAACGCUUUGGUACCUGCAAAACAUUUUUCGUCAUAAAAAAUCAAGCAUUGAAUAACCACCUGUUGCUUCCGAAACAUGCUUGCCCUACACAAAGCGUGCUACAUCUACGGUGUGUACCUGUAAGUGUACUUCCUCGACAGGACAAUGUCCCUCUGCAAUCCAGUAACACGGUUGAAUGGGGCCAAAAGCUCACCGACCCACCUGGAAAACGUAUUAAACGUCAAGCUCAUCGUAAAGUUACUAUGGGCGUACUGCAGUGGUUCUGAAACUUUUAUAGUCGCUGCACCCUAUUUCAAUAUAAUGUUUUUACGAUUAUACUUAUAUAUACUAUCUCUAUAUUCACUCAUGAAAAAAUGUAUUCCAAUUAAUAAAAUGUGUAUAUCUUAA